UAGAUGGGAGACGGCGUGGGGGCUGCGUGGCUCUUGCAUCACAGGGGUGUGUGUGUGUGUUAGGGUGUGUGUGUGUGUUUGUGUGUGGGGAGAAGUUUGCUUCGAGGUUGCGGAGCGCAGCUCGGUCGCUUUUGGCGGUCGUCUCUGGCUCCUGACUGUGGAACAUGAACCUGUUCUGCUUCAUGCUGGAUGGCUCCACUGAGAGCAUCUAUGAACCAGCGAACAGCCAGACGAACAAGGACGUCUCGCCCAAGUGUCAGUGCAGUUCUGGGCAUCUACGGUGCAAACCUGAGUGGGGCGGCUCAGACCCGUCCAUCAGCUCUGACAAACAUCAGACAAGGACCAAACCUAAAGAGGAAAGCAGAAGAUCAUGUAAGCCAAUGGAGGAUGAAACCUUUGCUUGCAGUGAGAGCAGCGCGUUAACAAGACAAGUCCAAAUCAGGGAGCCGGCCUCAGAAAGAACAAGGACAGAUCCACCAGCUCAGCCUGGUGACUCUGCUGAAACCACGGGACGACUGAAAAAGCUUCAAAAACUGGUUCACAUAAAGAACGGCCAUCAGACUGACGGCGUUAAAGACUCAAGCACAACCAAGAAACACGAUUGCUUGGCAGAAGGUGUGAGACACAACGGCACGGUGCUAACCUGCAUCGGCCUUUCGAGGAGGACGGAGAAGAGCUCCCCUAAAGCCGCUGCAGCGUCACACCCGCUUCAGCCGCGUCAGAGUCUCCCCGGAGAAGCGACCGAAGGAGGGUUCUGGAGCCCAAGGACGGGGCGUCGGAGGCGGAAGACGUUCGAGUGUCCGCACGCUCGCCACCGGACUCCUGGGGAACCGUUCGCCCACGACGGCGACGUCUCGUCCCCGCCCUGGAGCUUGGAGUGGGAUCGGUUUGAGAGUCUGAUUCGGGAGCUGGACCGGAAACAGUCGGACCUGUCUCUGUCACGGAUGAUCCGGUCCCUCACGGAUCUGCAGUCGUCAGAAAGCAACGGAAGGCAGGAGGCCGCGGAGCUGAAGCUGCGGGGGAUGGAGACGGAGACAGGAAGCGACUCGAAGCACAUCGACGUCUCGCCAGAGGAAACCGGGGCAGCUCUCGGUAGCAGAGACGUGCAGAACGAUGAGGCAGUGAAGAGGGACAGGGGGACGUGUGCUAACGGACGCAGACGGUCCAGGACCUCCCUGGACAGCCUCUACAGCCUGAAGAGUGGACAGAGCUCCUCCAGUGGCGUCACCAGUGGGUCAAACUGCUCCAGUAACAGAGAGAGUCUGAGGCUGGAGGACGAUCCGACGGUCGCACGGCAGUUCUGCUGCCGUGCGAGAGUGCAUACGGAGUUUGUUCCAAGUCCGUACGACACGGAGUCGCUCACGCUCAAGGUGGGAGAUGUAAUCGAUGUCAUCGCCAAGCCCCCCAUGGGGACAUGGACCGGCUCGCUGAACGGUCGAACGGGAAACUUCAAGUUCAUCUACGUGGACGUGCUCACACACACCUCUAGCACGGCCCUGCACGAAGCGAGCCAGAAGUCAACGGUCCAGGAGGCGUUGAGGCGCCUCGGUUUGGAGGAACACGCCUUAUCCCUGCAGCGCGGCGGUUACCAAACAGUGGAUGACCUGAGGAAGCUGAGGGAGAGCGACCUGAUGGAGCUGAACGUGACUCAGCCGGAGCACAGGGAACGUCUGCUGGCCGCCGUUGGCUCCCUGCAGCCACUGCACUCCGACAGCCUGGCGGAGGACGAAUCCAGUCCGGAACCGGAGCGGUCCAGUGAAGACGUGAAGAGCCGUCCCAGAGACUCGGGCUGCGUCAUGACGGAGGACACGCGGCCUCAUUUUCUCUCUGGAUACGUCAAAGUGCCGUGAGACGAGCUUCUUCUGUAACGUGAUUUGUUUUCUGAAAUAAAGAUUUGAUGAACACGUUUUCUCACUG